CUCCAUCAGUUGUGGAAUUUGGAUGUCCUCCGAAUCUUGAAAUUGUUUCAUAUCUUCUCGAUUCAUUUCUUCCUAUAUCUAUUCCCUACUAUGCGCUUACAUGAUCCAUCAAAAAGAUGCAGUGGCUUAUCUCUUCCAGGAAUAUCUCCUUCGAUCUUUCACUUUCUUCUCCCGCAGAUCCAUCUCCCCAUAGCCUUUCAUCCUUCCUGCCAAACUCCAUAACAACAGUUUGUACCUCAUGGCAUAAUCCAGGCAUGGAAGGCGAAUCACGCGGAUACCGACGGCCCAACGACGCUCUCGGGUUCUUUGAGAAGAAGCAAGAAGACCACUCCUGCUCCGCCUACCCUUCUCCUGCCAUAUCCUCCACCACCACCACCGCCGCCGGCGAGCCCGUCGUCAACCCACAGAACAAGCCACCUCCCAAGAAGAUCAGGAACUCCAACAAGGACCGCCACACAAAGGUGGAGGGGCGCGGGCGACGGAUUCGCGUGCCUGCCCUCUGCGCCGCCCGCAUCUUCCAGCUCACCCGCGAGCUUGGCCACAAGACCGACGGGGAGACCGUCGAGUGGCUACUCCAGCAGGCUGAGCCCGCCGUGAUCGCGGCCACCGGCACUGGCACCAUCCCGGCGGCCGCCGCCUUCACCUCUCUCAGCACUAUCUCUCUUCGCAACUCCGGCUCCAGCGUUUCCGCUUCUCCUCACCUCCUUGCCGCUAAUUACUUUAACAGCGAUCGAAGCUUUUCUUUCUCCUCUGAUGGCCAGUCAACGUCAACCUCUGUGUUUCUUAAUGUCAAUCCAUGCAGUAAGCGCGGACGGGAACCGGAGAUUCGUCAACACCGACCACAUCCAUUGCAGAAUCAGAUAGCAGUCCACGGCCAAGCUAGCCAUGGACGGAUGCCAGGGACACUAUGGCCGGUGACAAACCCUAAUACACAAGAUACGAUGGGUGGUGAUGACCGGUCUACUUGGACGCUCCCUGAUCAAUUGGGCAGCAGCAACAUUCUCAGAGUGUCCGCUUCCAGUGGCCUGCAUUCCCUGAACCUUUGCACAUCCAUGGCUAUGCUGCCGAGCCAGCAGCUAGAUCUGUGUUGGGGUGGUGACGGUGGCACUCCUGCUUCACUCGAUGGGUAUCGAUCACUGAGCACCGCAGAGAGGAUGCCAUCUCCAACCCGACAAGCGCACGGAGACGGUCUAUGCGGCGGGACUUCUGGAAACUUAGCCAAGCAGCUCAUCCAAGAAUACAACAACAAGAACAUGUAAUUUCCCGACAAGCAACGUUAUCGUGUGCUUUAGUUUAAAGACUA